UGGCCCCCCAGGAAGCCGCCCAGGCUGCGAGCAGGCCCCGCAGGGCGCCUGCCCGAGUGUGGCUCCCGCCAUCCCCUUCCCUUUUCCUGCCCUCCGCAGACGCGAUCUCCUCGCUUCACCGCGCGCCCGGGCCGCGUUUUGCCGGCGUCACGUUCCCCUCUCGGGCCCUCGUGGGCUCGGGGCGCCAGCGAUCCCGACGGAGGAAGCCCGGAUGGGAGGAGGAAGGAGAAGUGGGCACCUGAGGCAGCAGCCCAGGGCCGAGAUGGGGACGCGCUGAGUGGACCAGGGUUGGGGGGCCCGGGUCGCCCCCGCAGGGUGUGUGUGUGGACGCCAGGCACCUGCAGAGGCGAGCAGGGCUCUUCGUGGCGCUCUCGGGGCCUGCGCCUGGGAGGGACUGUCGGCCGCUGUCGCCCCUACCCCAGUCUGACUCUGCCCUGGGUCUGUGGUGGAGACUCGGUCACCAGCCGCGCAGCGCGUAUCAGGGCGCAACUCUCAGCCAGGGGAGGCCCCAGCUCCCAGCCAGGGGAAGAGAUGAUUCCAGAAAGGACAGUCUGCGAGAUGGAAGGCGGUUGGGAAGGGGAGGAGGAGGAAAGGGGAGAGGAACGGUGGGGGAAGGGAAGGAGGAGGAGGAGUGGGAGGAGGAAGAGCAGAGGGAAGACCAUGCCAGCCCUGCCCACCCGGAAGCCCCUGAUACAAAGGAACCAGCUCCAGGCCAAGGCCACCUGCCCCUGACCACAAGUUGAAUUUGUCACUCAAACUGCAGUGUUUCCCAACAUUCGAAUUAUUUGCGGAGGUGUUCCAUUUGGGGUAAUUCACAUAAAAUCCAGAGUUUUGGCUCUUCUGGGCUGCGUGGGCCCUUGCCCCCUCCCAUAGGUUGUGGCUCCCCUGGUCCUCUCUAUCCUCUGGAGCUGGCCCACCGCUCAGCGCUGGCCUUGCAGCCCUUACUAAAGGCCUUGAAAAUGCCUGGGUUCACCCCCUGAGUGAAUUAAAGGCCAGAGGGGCCUCUGAAGGGCACUGUGAGGGACAGAGGCUCGCCUGGGCAGUGCAGAAGCUGGCCACGUGUCCCUCCUUACAGGGGAUGAAAUGACCUGGGGAGGAAACCCCAGCCCUUUCCCAGAGCUUCCAGAGUAGGCGGCCAGUGCUGUGAGGCUUCACCACCUGCUGUCCCAAGCAAGCUUGAGUUGUGUGUGAGUCCGCGCCAUGCCGUGCUGUACCGUAUGCUUCAGCUCCCCCAACCCCUGCUGAGCUUGAUUUUUCCCUAAAUAUCAGUCUCCACGGGACCCCACAUUCGUUCAUGCCUUCUUGUCCCUAGGGUAAUGUGUGUGUUUCCUCGUCCUAAUUUCUAUCCCUUGGCAGUGAGGAACCCAUCAUGCCAGGGCGCCCUGCCCUGCUUGUCUCUGGAAAGGAAUAGGGGGGCCUGGGUGUGACCUCAGAGCCCGGACCAGACUGUCCCAGUCCCAUGUCAGGGACACCCAGAUGCAGAUGCUGUCUGAGACCUGCUGCAGGGCGUGGGUGCUCCUCCCUGCUUGGAGGCUGUUCCUGGACGGCGACCCACCCACUGAGGACCAGGCCAGGUGCGCCUAGAGCUGGUCACAGCAGCCUGUGGUGUUGCCUGUGGGUGGAGAGGGCCCCAGGUGUGCUUCUCCCGUAGCGGUCCUAAACUUCUGUCCCUGUGCACUGUGUCACCUGGAUCAUCCAGUAAAGUGAAAUUCAGCACUGUG